AAAAAAGAAAUCUUUUUCAGCUCUGACUCUGAGAAUCAAACAAGAGAUUUUGCAAUUCCUCUGGGGUUUUUAAAACAACACAAAACCCCUCUCUCAUCUUACGUUCUCUGAUCAGCUCGGAUCUCUGUACCCAAAACAAAAUUCUGAAGACAUUGUUAGGGUUUUCGUGUCAUGGAGGAUAUUGAUAAUAGGUCAAUUCGGAUUUCUGAAGUACGACAAUCAUUGCUUAACGCACAAGAGCUUCUUGAUACUCUCUUGCGUUUAGCACCAACUGGUCAGAAUAGAAGUGUGUCGGAGAGAGCAUCUCAAUUGUUGGAUGAGUUUGUUCGUGACAUAGAAGGAUUCCCUCGCUUGCAAGAACUUAAUCAAGCUGUAGAAGCUUCAUUGCAGAGUCUCGGUUCUCGUCCUCUGAGAGUGCCACCAGCAAGUAAGGAAGUGGUCGCGAACCUUCCAACAAUCAUCGUGACAGAAGAAACGUUAAUGAGGUGUGCAGAAUGUGCUGUUUGCAGCGAUAACUUGGUUAUAAAUGAUAAGAUGCAGGAAUUGCCUUGCAAGCACUUGUUUCACCCUCUCUGUUUGACGCCAUGGCUGGACAAACAUAACUCAUGCCCGAUUUGCAGACACGAACUUCCUACGGAUAAUGAAGCAUAUGAGAGCUGGAAAAAGAGUGAGAAAGAGGCUGAAAAAGCACGAAGGGAUGCUGCAAAUUCUGUGGAAUCUGGGCAUGUAAUCAUGCUGAUGUUUUCUUGUAUCUUAGCUGUGAUGUGUUUGGUGAUGCAUACAGAACAAUAAAUGUGUGACCAUUCGCUAGUACUGUGCCUUGUCUCACACCUUGCUUUAGAUUCGAUACAAAUAUCACAAAAGCUCAUUCCAGAAGAACACUGAUCAUCAUCACUACUGCUGCUGCCUUCUGCCAUUACAGACCCUAUAAGUAUUUUCUUUAAGUUUUUUAUUUCUUUUGGGUUAUAACUUCUUUAAACUGAGACAUCUUUAUAUACUGAAAAGACACAAUGAGAACCAAUCUGUUGAGUUGCUGGAUAAUGAAAGGUCAUCUGUAUAAGAUUCAUUGUAUGCAAUUUAUAUUUAAUUGAAUUCUUGGGAAGGAAAACUGGAUUUAAUUAAGAAACCUUUUCCCAAUGCAGAGAUCUAG